AUUCGAUUGAGGUGUUUGAGCCUUUUGAUAUUCGGCACGUCUUUUGAUGGCUGAAAUUGAGCCACGGCGCGCCGAGCUGGCGCUGCCCCUGGUGCGAAGGGGUGUUGACAGCCCCGGUGAAGAGUCUGUGGAAGACUCAGCAGGAUGUUGUUCGCUGCUGACCUUCACCUGGGUGGGGUCGCUGAUCUCCGAGGGCUACCAGCGCGAGAAGCGGCGCUGCCAAGCCGCUGGUGCUGAGGCCGAGGGCUCUGAGGCACAAUUCGCGCUGACGGAGACGGAUCUGCUAUUCCUGCGGCAGGACGACGUGCCGCGAGCUUUGAGUCAAUCCGCCCACAACGCCUGGCACCAGGUGAGCGAUGAGGCGGCCCAAAGAAACCGGCGACCCUCGUUGAUGCGCGCCUUACUGCGUGCCUUUGGACGACCUUACGUGUGCGCAGCCUUCUUCAAGUUCACCUAUGACUCGCUUCAAAUGGCUGGGCCAUACAUCCUGAAAGACUUGCUAAAUUAUUUGAGUCAUUGCAGUGGUCAAGAGGGUCCGGAGACAAGUGAAUGCAGCUUGGGCAAAGGCAUGCUUUUCGUGGUGCUGAUUCUCAUCUCUGCGGGCUGUCAAACGGCAGUGCUGCACCAAUACUUCCACCGUUGCUUUCGCACGGGGAUGCGUCUGAAUGCCUCCUGCAUCUCCCUGGUCUAUGGCAAGUCCUUAAGGAUCGCCUCCGCAGGUGGAACCGAGGAGACAGGGGAAGAACAGCGCACGAGUGGAGAAAUCGUGAAUUUGAUGGCCGUGGAUUCACAACGUUUGCAGGAUGCAAUGACUUACAUGCACACCUUGUGGAGCGGCCCAUAUCAGAUUACCAUCACCUUAAUCUUCCUCCAUUGGGUGGUGGGCUGGUCCAUGGUGGCGGGCGUCAUGGUGAUGCUGCUGCAGAUCCCCUUGGUGACGCUGGUGGCGCGAUAUAUUCGACUGGCACAGAGACAAUUGAUGACCAUCAAGGAUCAGCGCAUCAAGGUCACCAAUGAGUCUUUUGGCUCCAUCCGCUUACUGAAGAUGUACGGCUGGGAGGAUUCCUUCGAGUCCAGGUUAGAUGACAUCCGGGAGAAGGAGUUGAAGCAGCUGCGAAAGUACCAGAUUUUAAACAUCGUCAGUUCGGCCAUGUGGUCCACUGCUCCCAUCCUCACGGCGCUGGCCACCUUCGCCGUGUACAGUGCCUUCUACGGCAACCUGACGCCGGCCACGGCCUUCACGGCGGUGUCGCUGUUCAACGUGCUGCGCUUUCCCCUGACGAUGUUUCCCAACACCAUCACGAGUGCUGUGGAAGCCAAUGUGUCGGUGAAACGACUGGAGAAGUUCUUGUCAUCUCCGGAGAUCACAGGACGCCAAAACGACCCCAUGGGCGAAGCGGUGGUGCUGCACGAGGCCGAGCUCGAGUGGCCCAACAGAACGGCAUUGCUACGACCCAUGACCUUCACAGUGCCUGCGCCCGUGCAGGGCCAGAGUCGAGCGCACUUGACCGUGGUGCUGGGAGCGGUCGGCACGGGGAAGUCGGGCCUUUUGCAGGCACUGAUUGGUGACCUGCAUCCUGUCUCUGGGACAUUGAAAACAUCUGGCAGCAUGGCUUACACCCCACAAGUGGCCUGGAUUCGCAAUGCAACGGUGAAGGACAACAUCGUCUUCAACAGCAGGUUCGAGGAGGACAAGCACCUCGCGGUUCUCAAAGCGUGCUGCCUAUUGCCGGACCUGGAAACUUUGCCCAAUGGCGAUCAAACAGAGAUUGGUGAGAAGGGUGUGAAUUUGUCAGGUGGUCAAAAGCAACGCAUCUCGUUGGCCCGUGCGGUCUACUCGCAGGCGGAUCUCAUGUUGUUGGACGACCCCUUGAGUGCGGUGGAUUCCCAUGUGGCACGGAAGCUGAUGAAGAUGUUCCAAAGUCCAUUGCUUGCCAAGUCCUCCAUCAUCCUUUGUACGCACCAUAUUCAUGCCGUGCACGCAGCAGAUCAGAUCAUUCUGCUCUCUCGUGGGGCAAAGGACAAAGACUCCACUGCGACGGGGGAGGAUGCGGAUGAUGAGAUGUUGCUGCAGGCAGCAUCGACUUCGGAUGAUGGACCCGCUGCCAAGGUGGCCUUCUGCGGUUCAUUGCCGGAGUUUCGAGAGAAGUUCCCCAAAUUGGCCGCUGGCGGCGCGCGUGAAGGAGAGGAGCCUUCACUGACGCGGCAGACCAGCGAGGAUGUCGGGCAGCACUUCGUGCCGUCCAAAAAAGGCGAUGCAGGACAGCUGGUGCAAAAAGAGGAAGCUCAAGUGGGCUCAGUGGCUGCAGAUGUCUACUCGACCUACAUCCAAGCAGCGGGUGGUUGGUGCUUGGCCAUCACCGUCUUGGUCGGGGUUCUCGUUGGACAAGGCCUACAAGCUGUGGCCGGUGGAUGGAUCUCCUACUGGUCCGACCAUUCGAAAGCUGAGAAUCCGCACUACAUCUCCAGUGAAGUGGGAUUGAUUGGCUACAGCACCUUGAGCCUGGCGGCAUUUCUGGGCAUCUUCAUCACCAGCGCCUUGUUCCGGCUGACUGCGCUGAAAGCCGCGCGCAGCUUCCAUCGGAGGCUGCUGGGGACCAUGCUGCGCUUGCCGAUGGCCUUCUUCGACACCACUCCGCUAGGCCGUGUGCUGAAUCGAUUUUCCAAGGAUAUCUAUACCAUCGAUGAGGUGCUGCAAAACAUCCUCUAUUCCUACUUGCAGGUGGUUUCAGCAGUGGUUUGCACUAUGGCGGUCAUUGCAACCGCUACUCCCUGGUUCUUGGUAGUGGUGUUGCCUUUGCUUCUCAUCUACCGGGCCACUCAGAACUUCUAUAUUCCCGCGUCGCGACAGCUCAAGAGGAUCGAGUCCAACUUAAGGUCCCCGAUUUUCUCCCACUUCUCCGAGACUUUAGACGGCACCGCCUUGAUUCGCGCCUUUGGGCAGCAGCAGAUCUUCAUCUCGGAGAACAUGAGCCGCGUGAACAGAAACAUGCGCGCCUAUUACUCCAACUUUUCGUCCAACCGAUGGCUGGCAGUUCGUUUGGAAAGCUUCGGCAGUUUAAUCACCUUCUGCGCUGGCAGUUUGGCAGUGCUUGGCCGCCAUGGCAUCAGCGCAGGGGUGGCGGGGCUGUCGAUUUCCUACGCGCUGUCCAUCACCCAAGCCUUGAAUUGGGUGGUGCGCAUGGCAGCAGACCGGGAAACCAGCAUCGUGUCGGUGGAGCGCGUGCGGGAGUAUCUGCGAUUGGAGCUGGAACCACCACAUCAUUGCGACAGCGACCCUCCUCCACCUUGGCCUCAAUAUGGCAGCAUCGAAUUUCAGAACGUCUUUCUGCGUUACCGUCCUGAGCUGCCCACAGUUCUGAAUGGCCUCAGCCUGCAGAUCAAGGCGAAGGAAAAGAUCGGCAUCUGCGGUCGCACCGGCGCCGGGAAGUCGUCGAUCUUGAACGUGCUGCUGCGCAUCGUGGAUGCUGAAUCGGGCUCUGUGAAGGUGGAUGACGUUGAUAUCAAGACCCUGGGUCUGCAUCGCCUGCGCCAUAGCAUCACCGUCAUCCCGCAGGAUCCGGUGCUGUUCUCAGGCACCUUGCGCUUCAACCUGGACCCCCUGAGUCAGUGCUCCUCCGACGCCCAGCUCUGGCAGGCGUUGGAGCGGUCGCAUCUCUCGGAGCACGUGGCGCGCCUUGCCCGGGAUGCGAACGGCGCAUCGGGGCUGGAGAGUGUCGUGCAGGAACAGGGGAAGAACUUCUCCUUGGGUCAGCGUCAGCAGAUGUGCCUGGCACGGGCCUUGCUUCGACAGAAUGCGAUUCUACUCCUCGAUGAGGCCACCUCAGCAGUUGACCGAGAAACUGACGCCCUGAUUCAAAACACCAUCAAACAGGAGUUUUCAGAUCACACAGUCCUAUGCAUCGCGCAUCGGAUCUCCACCAUCAUGAGUAGCGACCGUGUCUGUGUCUUGGACGCCGGGAAGCUGGCAGAGAUGGGGCCACCCUUGGAACUCAUGGAGAAGGACAGUCGCUUUGCGAAGCUAGCACAGUUGGAUGCGGCGUGACACAUUUGUGCCGCAAAAAAAC